GCCAUGCAAGCAUGGCAGCAGCGCUCGCAGCGCCCCCGACGCAGCAGCAGCAGCAGCACGCACCCUGCGUUCGCUGCAGCUGCAUGUGGCCGAAAAUGUUUCGCCAAAGCCGAAGUGGCGCCCAGGAGCCGCGGCAGGCUGACCCACGGGCCAUUCCGGCCAAGGCUGGCUUUUCGAGUGUGGGCUUGGGUCGAGCUGCACGGCGGAGCGCUACGUUCUGUGGGAGCGCAAAAGCUGCGCAAGACGCUGCAAAACAUGACGCGUGCGACUAGCAGUUAAGCUUGCACGCCGUAAUGCGGCCACGGUUACUCCUUGCGCUGCUCGGUCUCACCAGCGCAUAUGCUACUGCUGCGAGUGCCAGUCACGCUUCACGAGCUCCCUCCGUGUCAGUGCUGAGCAGACGAGAUGAUGAGGUUGGCAGAAGUGGCGGGAGUGCUAGCGCCAGCUCUACUGCUGGCUCCAGCCUCACAGGCCUGCCGACCCCGCGAGGGAAGCCUCAGGGUGCUGCCCACGACCCAGCUGUGGGCAUGUCAUCAGAUUCACAGCCGCCGCCAGCACUUGAAGACUAUGAAGAUGACAGCGGGGACAAGCCGGACGCGGGGCCAGAGCAGCUGCAGCAGCAGCAGCAGCAGGAGGAGGAGCUGUUGGGCGGCCAGCCCCUGGCAAGCAGGCGCGGCAGCGGGGGCGACGGAGGGGACGGCAGAAGCACCGCUGGCAGCAGCAGUAGUAGCAGUGGCGCUGGCAGUAGCGGAGGCAGCCGGGCGGCGUCAGCACUCUUGCGCGGCCCCUGGCACGGGGUCAGCCUCGGAAACGUGCCGUUUUUUCCGCUGCGGACGGCGGCGUUGGGGCGGCUGAACCACAGCGAGGCGGAGCUGCGGGAAAUCAUCAAGGUAGCUGUUCGCGACCUGGCUGCUGCGGGCGGCAACCUGCUACGUGUGUGGUUCCACAUCGACGGCUCCAUGAGCCCACCCGCCUGGGCACUGCAGCAGUCGCAAGGGAAGCGGCAGCAGCAGGAGCAGGGGCAGGGGCAGGGGCUGCCGCAGCAGUCGCAGCAGCAGGGACAAGAGCCGCAGCAGGAGCUCGAGCGGCCGUCAGCAGCAGCAGGGGCUGCAGGUCUGCGGAGUGUGGAUCCCAAGUGCUCAAACGCGGAGGCGGACAGCAGCUGCUGUUGCAGCAGCUAUGGCUGCGGCAGCAGCGAUGACGGCAGCAAUGGAGGCUGCGGCGCCGCCAGGCGUACCAGUAGUGGGGCCGUGUGCGGCUGCGGCGCGGGCGCAGUGGCUGACCUGAAGUGGCUGCUGCGGCUGUGCCACCGGUCGGGCGUCAGGGUGCUGCUGGUGCUGUGGUCGCACGACAUACUGGCGGUGCGAAGGGACCACCCGCCGCCCAGCCGCGACCGCGCACUGCACAUGCUCACGACGGCGGCCGGCACCGCGGCCUACACGCGCAACUGCCUGACGCCGCUGGUGCAGCACCUGGCGACAACCGCCAUCGGGGAUGAAGACGACAUUAAUGGAAAGGGCAGGGAGCCAUCAGGGACAGCAACAGUAGCAGAGGAAGGCGCCGGGAGCUGCUGCUGCUCCCCAUGCUGUGGCUCUGGCGGCGGCGGCGGCAGUAGCGGCAGCGGGCCGGGGACAGAGCCGGCCGCGGAGCAGCCAGCGGACACGUUGUCGGCCCCAGCUACUGCCUUCCCGGCGCUUCACGAUGUAGAUGCUGGCGCUGGCGCCAGCAACACCAGUAGUCGCGGCGGCGGCUGGGGGCCGGGGCUGCUGAGUCUGGUCAGCAAUGGGACCGAAUCGCUGGGAGUAGUUGCUGCUCCUGGCGUGGGUAGUUCUCAACGCGGCGGCGUCGGGCGGCGCAAGAGCAGCAGCCUGCGUCACCUGCUUACGGAGUCAGCUGGAAUUGCGGUUGGGAAGGGAAGCGACAACAGCAGCAGCAACGGCCGCACUACUCACGCAGCCGCCACGAUUGCGGCGGUGGCUGAGGGGCAGGAGGAGGGGUACCAGGGCAGCAGCAGUCGGGGCAACUCAUCAGACGGACACGAGACCGCGCAGGGCAUUAGGCGAGCCAGCAGCGUUUCACUCACCCGCCACAGCCCGCCUGCCACAGCCACAGCCACAGCUCCUCCCACCUCAAGCCUCCGUCCUGAGUUUCCCUUCCCUUCCAGCCACCAUCGCGACCAGCCGCCACUCGCGGCGCUGCCGCUGCUGUCAGCAUCGAACCUACGGCAAGGAGAUGGCAGCUCAAGCAGCAGCGUUGCUGGACAUUCCAGCAGCAGGAGCGGCAGCAGAAGCACGACCAGUAGUAUCCAUACUGGUGGUGGUGGCGGUGGCGAUGGCGGCGGCGCGGCGCCCACCUAUUCGUCAGUUCUGUUGGGCUAUGAGCUGCUGAACGAGCCGGAGGGCAUGAGCUGGGACCUGCGCCUCUACCACAACUACAUGUACGACAUGGCGUGGGGGCAGUACCAACUUGAGGACCCGGACUGGUACGGGCGGCAGGUGGCGCGGCGGGGUGACUACCGAACACUGCAGGCGCUCAAAGCCUUCGGCGGCUCAUCCAUGUUUGUCAAGGGGCGCGAUGACUUGCGUGACUACACCGGCUGGCACUUUGUGGGCGGCAACAGACCGCUGGUGGUACUUGGCAACAGAGGCAGCAGCCUGGCCACGCCAGCGGCUUCCUGCAUCUCCCGCGGUUCCCUGUUCGACAUGGGCGGCGGCGGAGCUGUCGCCAGUAGUGGGGACGGUAGCAGCUCCUGCACAUCCCGGCAGCAACAAGGGGGGCAGCAGACAGCCGACAGUACAUUUUAUGCACUUGAGCAGGCGGCGGAUGCAGCGGCAGCAGCCAGUCCUCGGCCCUGGUAUCUGAAUGCCAGCAGCAGCGUAAAGAGCGGCAGUAGCGGCACUAGUGGCAGUGGCAGUAGCCCAGGCGGCAGCCGUCUGGCAGCAGACUGGGAGGCAGCGGCCGCACAAGUGGCGUCAUGCGGUCGCGUGUCCCAACCCGGCGAUGACACGAACCGUGGGCAGCAACCAACCGCCCCGCCGCAACCCCCCGCUUCCCCCCCUUCCCCCGACCCGCCGCGGCUGUGGUUGAACCGGCUCAUGUACUUGGACGUCAUUGGGCACCACAACUCCGAGCUGCCCUAUCUGCUGCCGCUGGUCACCAGCUGCAGGCUGCGCACGGUGGAUGUGAGUGUGCAGCGGCUGCAGCGGUUCGUGUCGCGACUGGCGGCGGCGGUGCACGCAGCCGACCCCCGCGCGCUGGUGACAGUGGGCUCCCACAGCCCGCCCUACUGCUCCGACGCACAGUGGCUGGUAGGCAACAUCAGCGAGUUCGAGACGCGGCCCCGGAACCUGUUCUCUGACGCAGAGCUCAGACGGGCUUUUGUGCUGCGCAAUGGCAGCCUGGGCCGCGGCUGGGACGCCGCCGGCGGCGGCACCCUAGACUUCUACGCGCCACACGGCUACCCCUACUGGGGCCACGACUCCAUCACCCGCCUCAUCUCGCCCUUCCACGUGCCAGCCCAGCAAUACCAGCUGGACAAGCCCGCACUGGUGGGGGAGUUCUGGGACCAGGUUUCUGACAGCGAGAGUCUCACAGCUAAGCACUGGAAGGACCUGUGGCGCAAGAACGGAUACAUGGGUGGCUUGGGCUGGGCGAUGCUGCAAUUGGUGGAGGACCCUGUGGAUACGGGGCAGGCCGCGAACGCGGCCGGCACAGGCCGGACGCUGGCGGCAGCACGAAGGAUCGUGGACCACGAAAAACGUGCUGUGUUUCUUAAGUUCUUACAAGAGAUGCGCGCUAACGGCAUGUAAGGCAUACUUUGCUUGUGCGGUGGCUUUUGGCAAGUGUGAAAGGAAGGGCUUCCUGAGAACCCAGGCAUAGACCGUGGACAAGGACCGUGUAAUGAUUCUUUAGG